AUGCUCAAGUUGGUUGCAUUCUGUGCCAUGCUGGUUGCUCUGCAGCUGGUCAGCGGAGGAGAUGAAGGCUGCUGGUACGACUACCCAAAAGACAAACUGCCCGAUGACGAGCUGGUGGUCAUCCCCGACAAGACAGCUCUUGACGAUUGCAAGAAAGUUUGCGUGGACACUGCAAUCUGCUACAUCGUUCAGAUCUCCGGAGGCAAAUGCUACAUGAACAAAAACCUUAAAGUUGACUGGGAGAAGCUGAUGAAAGACCAAGAAGAUUCGAACAUCUAUGGAUAUGCUUCAUGCGAAGAUACACCCGCCGAGAUACCCGCCGAAACUCCUGAAUCUGAAUAA